GUUCCUUGCGAACGGCUUUUCCACUGCGGUUGCCAAUCAGUCAUGUUUACCAGAUACCACAUCGUAGCACGAACCAUGCGUGUUGCAAUUCAACGACCUGCCUAUGCCUCAAGGCCAACUCCCAGAUCUUUUUUCAAAGCGGCUGCCGACUUCACCAACAUUGGGUCGAAGGGUACACUCGCCAAAGAAAAAAUCACUAUCUACAUUGACGGGCCCGAAGAAUCCUACGUGUGUAUUCCCGCAGAAAUUGGCCAUGCUCUACAGGCUGCUGCUCGGCUUAUCAACAGUGAACCGUCCCUCCCACAGCGCCUAGACAGAGUUUCAUUGAAAUACUUUGACGAUUCCAAUCACUUUGCUCUAGCAUCAUCCCCCGACUGCCCGCGAUUAGUCAUUCCCCAACAGCUUCCUCGUCCCUCCGCGGCCAAUACAAGUCCUGCAACACUGUAUCUAUAUGGAGUCUUCCAUCAAAUUGCCCUGGAUGGAACUUUCGACGGCAUGUGUGACGUUAGCCCGCACAUUGUAGCUAUGUAUGCUCACUUCAAUGCAGCGGAAUUCGCUGAACUUGCUAGUAGCAUAAUUCUGGAUAUUGGGGAGGCGCUUGAGAAGUUGAGAGACAUGUGAUUGCAAGGUGGAAAAGGUUGCUGGAGG